AUGACGUCAUUUGGCUGGUGCCUAGAGCAUUCGCUGCAUCGGAGACUGGCACAUCUGCCCCCCGGCGAUGCCUGCCGGGAGCCGCCGGCUCCGCCGCCCAACAUCAACCAGCUGCCGCCCUCCAUCCUCCUCAAGAUAUUUUCCAAUUUAUCGUUGAAUGAGCGCUGUCUUUCAGCAUCAUUAGUAUGUAAAUACUGGCGUGACCUCUGUUUAGACUUCCAGUUUUGGAAGCAACUGGACCUCAGUAGUCGUCAGCAGGUCAACGACGAGUUAUUGGAAAAAAUUGCAUCAAGAAGCCAGAACAUAACUGAAAUCAAUAUUUCUGAUUGUCGCAACGUAUCAGAUACAGGAGUGUGUGUGCUAGCUUUUAAAUGUCCUGGACUCCUAAGGUAUACUGCUUACAGGUGUAAACAGCUUUCUGACACAUCUAUCAUUGCAGUUGCCUCUCAGUGUCCUCUGCUACAGAAAGUACAUGUAGGCAAUCAAGACAGACUUACUGAUGAAGGACUCAAACAGCUGGGCUCAAAGUGCAGAGAACUGAAAGACAUUCAUUUUGGCCAGUGUUACAAGAUCUCAGAUGAGGGAAUGAUCAUUAUAGCAAAAGGAUGUCUGAAGUUGCAAAGAAUAUACAUGCAGGAGAACAAAUUAGUACAGCUUGAGCAGCAGCAGUGCAAGUUUCGCCACACUGCUCCACCAAUGUGCUGCAAACCCUGACCUGGAGGGACACCUCUAGGAAGGGGUCUGAAGCUUCUUCAGUCUCCAUGCUCAUUCAAUCGUUACUGUGGCUGGCAACAAGAGUACCCAUUUGUGAUAGUGGAUAGAUACCCACAUCACAAAAGCACCAAGAACCGGACUGAAACCAGCAGCUCAUUUCAAAUAAGCAUCUGUCAGAUGAUGAUGACUUCAGUUACUACAAACCUGGGCCACUGAUAAGAGGUGAAGGGCUCCAUGUCCUAUUGCCAAUCCCCUGAGUCUCAUCUCAUAUAUAACAGUUUAGCAUAUUUAUAUUAUACUAUACAAAACCAAAGUGUACAAAUUGUAAUUAUUUUGUAAAGUAAGAGUGUGUAUAGUUUUAAAAUGCUUGUUUUUAAGUUUUAGGACUAUGAUUUUAAACAGUUUUAGUUGAACAGUUUCAUUGCUCUGUACUUUUUGUACAAACACUGCAUUUAUCUGAAUUUUAAUGGCUAGUUGAAUUUGUGAUUUGCUUUUUUGUUAUGCACAGUAUUUUUAACAAAUAAGCAAUUUAAGUUGUAAUAUGUAUCAACUUACACUCUGUACACCAGUUAUUUUCCCUGCAUUAAUUAAGUUUUCAGCGUUUUCUCACCAGGCAAUUGAUUGUAGAUCAGUAAGUAGUUGCUCUACCUACUUGUGCAGCUUUAAGACUUUCAAUUUUUAAAUAUAAAUAUAAGAUACAUUAAUUAAUAUUCUUUCUGCAAAUUCUUUAAGUUUUAAUGCUACAGUUCUGGUCAUAAAUAUCCCAGAUGUGCAUGAAAAAUGUUCAGUAAGUGCACAAGGUCCAUGCAAUAUUAUAAUUUACCAACGGAAGAUUUAAUUCAAUAAAAUUAAAUUAUGGAUUAAAUAAAAUGAAAAAAGAAACACUGGUAAAAGUUAUGUCUAUAUUUUGGUCCAAGCUUAAAUGUGGUGUGAUGCUGAAUACUUGUCCAUGAACAUAAAAUAAAUAUAUUUUAUUAAAUAUACUUUAUGUAUAGUUGUACAGAUUUAAUCAUUUAUUGAUUUUUUUUUCCAACAGGAAAAUUGCUAUUUUUUGCACUUGGACAUGGUAGUAAAUUAGUACACUGUAAAUAUGAUGUACAAUAAUGGAGCAUAAUUUUGAAAGCGCUAAGUUUUCAAAAAUAUUUUAAUAAUAUAAUGGGUGGAGAUCACAGGUAGAAUUUAAAGGUAAAUUGCAUUAAGCUAGGGAUACAGAAUGUGAUCCAAAUCCUGUGCUCACCUGUGUAAUGUGAGAGAGACAAGCCACACACUAAUUUAAAUGUACACUGAAGGAAAUGGCGGUACUCAAGUGAGUAACUUGAACAUGUUUUUUCUUGUAUUUAUGGAACAUGCAGUGUUCUGUUUUCUAUUAAACUACUGACCUACAAACAUCAAGUUAAAAUGUAUUUAGAGAUAGGUAAACAGAAUACCCUAAAAUGUCAUAAUUCCUAUAUAUUUUGAUUAUUUGAAUGAUUUGUUUUAUACAUCAAGGAGAAAUACUCGUCAAAUUAAAUUAAUAGAAAGGUGGGAUAAACAAGUCUGUACAAAAAGAGGUUUCUUUAGUUAUAAAAAUUCUAUUACAGGAUGUGAAUGCUUUAUUGAGAGAUGUGUGUACAGCUCAAGAUCAAGGGGUUUCUUGUGAAGAGCCAUGUUGAACAGUUUUUGAAAGAUAUAUUAUGCCUCAAUUUGUUCACUAGAAUGAAAUGAAAAGUAUGUAAAAAACUCUAAAAUGUAUAAACAAGAAAAUUAAAUGCU